AUGAAAGAGUUGAAGCUAGCUCUGAAACAGUGGAAUAGUGAAGUAUUUGGCAAUAUAAAUACUAAAUUGAAACAAGCAAAAGAUGAGUUGCAUCAGAUUGAUCUGGUAGCAAAGGUUAGAGAGCUUGUAGAGGCAGAAAAAGCUCGAAGAAGAGAGGUUAGUGAAGAAGCUGGCAGGUUGUAUAGAAUGGUGGAGUGGAUGUGGCUUCAAAAAUCAAGACUAAAUUGGGACUUGAAGGAAGACAAAAAUACAAGAUAUUUUCAUGUGGUAGUCAAAAGUAGGCAGGGGAGAAAUGAGAUUAACUCCUUAUCUAUUGGAGAUGAAGUUUUUGAAGAUCCUAAUAAAGUAAAGCAGGAGGUUCAAGCAUAUUUUCAAAGACAAUAUAAAGAGGAAUGGAGAUCAAGACUUGUGUUGGAAGGAUCUUUCAAGUCAGUUAGGAACAACCCAUUUUUUGAUCUACUGGAAUUAGAAUUUUCUGAUGCAGAGAUUAGGUGUGCUAUUACAGAUUGUGAUGCCAACAAGGCUCUAGGCCCAGAUGGGUUCAACUUGGCAUGUGUCCAGAAGAUGUGGAAGGUAAUGAAGAGUGACGUGAUCAACUUUAUAAGUGAAUUCCAUAAAAACACAUUCCUAGGAGGUAUGAACAUAUUAGAUGGUGUUUUGGUAGCAAAUGAGGUGGUAGAUGGAUGGAAGAAGUCUAGGAAAAGAGGUUUGAUCAUAAAGCUAGAUUUUGAGAAAAUCUAUGACUUAUUAAAUUGGGACUUUUUGUUUUCAAUGAUGAUAAAUUUUGGGUUUGGAGAGAAGUGGAUGGGAUGGAUUAAGGAGCGUAUUACCUCUUCUAGACUAUUUGUGCUUGUUAAUGGAGUACCAACUGGUGAAUUUAGUCCCCAAAGAGGGCUCAGACAAGGGGAUUCCUUGUCCCCUUUUCUGUUCAACAUAGUAGCUGAGGGUUUAAAUAUUUUACUGUCAAGAGCUUUGGAUAUGGAAUUGAUAAAAGGGGUGAAGAUUGGUGCAGGUCUGAGGAUAAACUAUCACAAAAGUGUAGUGAGUGGUGUGGGAGUUCCAGUUGAAUCUAUGAAUGAGUUUGCAUCUGUGCUAAAUUGCAAAGUGAAAAAUUUACCAAUUAAGUAUCUUGGAUUACCAUUGGGGGCUAAACCAAGUAGAAAAACAACUUGGAGGCCUAUUUUGGACAAAGUUACAGUUAAACUAGUAGGGUGGAAAAAGGAGAUUACUCUGAUUUGCAGGGAGAUUGACCCUGAUAAAUUAAAAGUGGGUAAUGGCCAUAGAGUGAAGUUCUGGGUGGAUAAAUGGUGUGAAGAUAUAAGUCUUAAAGAUGAUUUCCCACUAUUAUAUAAACUGGUAGUAAACAAGGGAGAGUCUUUCUCUGCAAUGAUGGAAAGGAAGGUGGUUACAGGUGAGUGGUUGUUCCAAUUCAGAAAGGAGCUAUAUGAUUGCGAAAGUGUGGAGGUUACCAGAUUGAUAGGAUUUUUAGAGGCUUGUUCUGUCUUCAGGUCAUCCUUACAAGAUACACUAGUGUGGGAGGCUUCAAAAAUAGGGAGGUUUACAGUUGAAUCAGUCUAUACAUUUCUGGCAGGUGGUUUUGGCAACUAUAGUAGAACAAACAAAAGGGUGUGGGUGAAGUACAUUCCUCCUAGAGUCCAAUUCUUUGGGUGGCUUGCUUGGAAAGGUAGACUUAAAACCGCAGACUUUCUUCUUCGAAUUGGUGUUCUCAAUGCUAAUGCAUCAACCCUCUACAUUAUGUGCAAAUCUGUGGAUGAGUCAAUUAAUCAUGUCCUAUUGUCUUGCCCAGUGACUUGGAGAGUGUGGUCAAAAAUACUAAAUUGGUGGGGAGUACAAGGUGCACUGCCUGAUACAGUGGAGGCUAUUCUUCACUGGUGGGCAGGGUUUAGGCUCAGUAAAAAGGAGAGGACGAUGUGGAAAGCUCUUCCUAUUACAGUGUUAUGGUCCGUGUGGAAACAUCGUAAUGAAUGCUUAUUUAAAGAUGUUAUUCCAAAUGCCAAAGGUGUAUGUGAUCUGAUAAAAUUUAGAAUGGCUGUGUGGUUCAAGGAAGUAAUGCCAAAAGGAGUGGUAAAGAGUAUUGAGAGGUUGCAAGCUGCUUUUUUCUAUGGAGGGGAUUCAGAGUUGAAGAGAAAGGUUUAUCUAGUGAAAUGGAUGGAAGUUACCAAGACUAAAGAGCAAGGAGGUCUGGGUUUAGGCAGAAUCAAGGAUUUGAGUGAGAGUUUGUUUCUAAAAUGGUGGUGGAGAUAUGGUUCUAAGAAUGGUUUAUUAUGGAAGAGUGUUGUGUGCAGUAAGUAUGAUCAUGAUGGUGGUGGCUAG